AUGUCGAACCCUCCCCAAAAUAACCCCUCUGAAGAGACCCGGGCGUUUCUCGCAAGACAACCCCCGGGAGCCGUUUUUCAAUGCAUGCUAGACAUCUUCAGAUUUUACAAUAUCGGUGAUAGGAUGCCCCGAGGUAAACUCAAUUUCGCAACAUUAACGGAUGAGGACUACGUGCAUUUUACACGAUUCACCUCCGGUAACAUUCGUACCAUUACUACCCUUCUUGAAAUGCCAGAGAAAAUCAUAGGCCCUACGGGUCUGGAAUUUACAAGGGAGGAGGCGUUCUUCUUUCUCUGUGCUAGGCUUGCCUGGCCUACGAGAAUGAAAACAUUGGAGUUUACAUUUGGCUAUGAUGUCGCCCUUAUCUCUGAGGCUAUGAACUGGGCGUUGCAGCAUAUCGUGGACCAUUGGGAUUUUCUUCUUGAUGACUUUGAAUCUGGACACUUGAGCGAAGACCGCCUGGCUCUGUUUGCGAGUAAGAUUCAUGCCAAAGACUCACCUCUCGACAAGUGCUGGGGCUUUAUAGAUUGCACCAUACGAAAAGUUUGCCCACAGGUCGAAUGGGAAAAGGAAGAGUAUAGGAUGAAUACGUAUUUGCAUCGCUACAAGUACCAGGCUGUAAAGUCUCCUGAUGGCUUGAUUUAUCAUCUAUUUGGACCAGAGGAUGGAUCACCCCGCACGCUACUACGUGAAAGUCGUCUACUUGAUCGCUGCGAAGAUAAUGCACCAAGCUAUUACAUGGCCAUGAGAUCCUGCCAUGAAUGCGUUGGAUGGGGAUUUGCCGAUGUUCUACGCUUAUGGACGGCUUUGGACUUCAAGACCACUCAGCAGCUGUUUGGAGAUGUCGAUGUAGGAUCGCACUACAGGGUGGCUGUCAUUCUCACAAAUUUUCAUAUCUGCUUGUAUGGGUCAAGUACUUCCACAUUUUUUAAUUGUGAUCCUCCAACAUUAGAAGAAUAUUUGGGUUAA